AUGGAUUUCUCGUCAGGGUUUGCCUCAGAGCAGCUGUUAGAUGAUGAUGCUGACAUUGAUAUCUCACGACUUGCGGUUGAAGACCGUGAAGCCAUCAUGGCGCGUGUGACACCCGAUGACAGCACUCCACCCGAUGCAUUUGCUCUAGCACAAAAUGACAUUCGCCGUGAGAUGAUCGAUCGAGGCAUUCAACCAAAGGGAUUUUAUAAUGACGACGCAGCACGACUGCAAGAAGAAUAUAAUCGAGAACAUGCGAUGGAGAAAGAUUUUCGUGUACAACAAAAGAUUCAACUCGCUGCCAAAGUUUAUCUGCGCGAAACCGUUCAUCAACGCAGACUUGAGCGCGAAAAAGAAUUGCGAGAAGAAGUUGAAGAAAUCGCGAAAAACCCACAGCUCGAGAUUUGGAUUAGUCUAGCCAAAGCUGACGAAACUCCAAAGCAUGCUGAUAUACGUGUGACUAGUAUUGGAGCUCGAGCACUUUGCAAGACGCUGGCAUUUUCACACUCGCUACGGUCUUUAAAUCUCAACCGAAAUGCACUUGACGACACAACGAGCAAAUGGUUAGCGUUGCUUCUAAAUCGCAACACGUCGCUUCGUCGUUUAGAGCUCGAAAGCAAUUGCCUUGGUCCGCUAGCAGCAAAACAUCUGGCCGAAGCUUUGUGUACCAACGAUUGCCUCGAGUAUUUAAACCUGGAAAGCAAUCCCUUGACAGACGAGGAAAGAGAUUUUACUGGCGUGGUGGCGCUAAGCAAUAUGCUUGGCAAGAACAAUUCUUUGCGUACGUUGAAUUUAUGGCGAACACGACUGGGAGGAGAAGGUGGCAAGCAAUUAGCACUAGCAAUUGCUCGCAACACUGCAAUGGUGUGUUUAGAUGUGGGAAACAACCGUAUUGCCACGUCCGAUGCUGUCUUAAUCGAGAUACAAUUAAAGAAGAAUCGAGCGCUAUUCGAAAAGCAACAAUCGCAGCAGCUAAAAGUUCGUGAGGUCCAGCGGAAAGCAGCAGCUAAGGAGCUUCAGCGGCAAGAAAAAGCGGUGAAAAGACAGGAGGAUGAAACAUGGAUGGAAAAGCGUAAGCUGGAGCGUGAGAAUGAUCGUGCACUACUUGAAGAACAACGGCAACGAUACCUUAAAAUGGAGGAAGAUCGACUGCGGCAAGUUGCAGCUCGAAAAGCUGCCGAGUUUGCGGCUAAAAUCGAGAUGGAAAAGAAGAAAAAGAAGAAAAAGGGUGGGGGUAAGAAGAAGAAAUAG